AUGGUCGCCUACACAGAUUUCUUAACUACCGAUUCACUCUCGCAGUACGAAGACAGCGACAAGUACACCAAGGAAUGGGUACCUCUCAUCGAGAAGUACAGACUGGAUUUGGCUGCCGCUACUCCCGAAGAAUUGAAGGUCAAAUUGCCCAAGGAUUUUGACGCGUUGGUUGAAGAACAGUUCAAUCCGCUCGAGUAUUUGUACAGUGAGAAGUUGUUAACUCCUGAGGAGUUUGCACUUACUGACUCAUCAGCUUCGUCUCUUGCCUCGAGAAUUGCAGCUGGUGAAUUGACUGCUGUGCAAGUUUUCAAGGCUUUCUCCAAGAGAGCCGUGAUUGCCCAUCAGUUCACCAACUGUGCCAUGGACUUCUUCAUUGAUGAAGGCUUGAAGAGAGCUGAGUACUUGGACGAGUACUUCAAGAAGAACGGCAAGACCGUUGGUCCUUUGCACGGUGUACCUGUUUCGUUGAAAGAACACAUGAACUACAAGAACAGAAUCACCCACGGAGGAUAUGUCUCGUUGUUGAAAAAUGUUCCUAAGACUUCAUCCGCUACUGUCCAGAUUUUGGAAGACUUGGGGGCUGUCUACUACAUCAGAACAACUCAGCCGCAGACGUUGAUGCAUUUGGACUCUGCUAACAACAUCUCUGGUUUAACCAGAAACCCUUACAACAUGUCGUUGUCUUCUGGAGGUUCAUCUUCCGGUGAAGGUGCUGUAGUUGCCUUUGGAGGCUCUGCCCUUGGUGUAGGUUCCGACAUCGGUGGCUCCAUCAGAGGACCUGCCGCCUUCUCCGGAUGUAUUGGUUUGAGACCAACAUCCAAGAGAGUCUCGUUGAACGGAGGAGUCAGCUCUGGUGCUGGUCAAGAAUCUGUUCCUGCUGUGAUUGGCCCAUUUGCUCGUACUGUAGAGGACAUAGACUUGUGGAUGAAGUCGUACGUCAAUGAGGGAAAGCCUUGGUUAGUAGAUCCAAACAGUUUGCCUAUGCCUUGGAGGCCUGUAGAGGCUCCAGACGCCAAGAGCUUGACAAUCGCCGUAAUGUACGAUGAUGGAAACGUGAGACCAAGUCCAGCUGUGACCAGAGGCUUGAACUUCACUGUAGAAAAGUUGAAGUCUGCUGGUGUUAAUGUUGUAGAGUUCAAGCCAAUUAGAACAAAAGAAGCAUAUGAAACUGUCCAUAAGAUGUACAACUGUGAUGGAAACUACAUGCAGAGAAAGUUGUUGGCUGCUUCUGGUGAACCAUUGGUGAAGUUGACGAAAUGGAGUUUGAACUACGGUAACGGUGAAAAGAACUAUACAGUCAAGGAAAACCGUGAGUUGAACGUCAUCAGAGACUCCUUGAAACAAGAUUAUAACGAUUUCUUGUUGCAAAACAAAAUCGACUUCAUCUUGAGUCCAACUUACAACAACGCUGCUCCCAGAUCUGAAGAGGUAUUCAACUGGUCCUACACCUCGUUGUUCAACAUUUUGGAUUUCCCUACGUUAGUGUUCCAGACAGGCUUGAAGCAGGACCCCAAGAUCGACGUGUGGCCAGCAGAAGCUGCUAACUACACGUACAGAAGCGAAUUGGAAAAAUUGGAAAACGAAAACUACAUUCCAGAAAACUUUAUCAAUGCUCCUAUCGGAUUACAGUUGUCAGGUAGAAGAUACUUUGACGAAGAAGUUGUGGCAGCCGGUAAGACCAUUGUGCAGAUCUUGGGUGCAGACUUACUCAAGCAUUAA